AACAAUCUAAAAUAAAAGAAUUAUACUAUCAAGCGCUUUCGAUGCUUGUACAAUUAAAUAUUUUUGAAGAAAGAAGGAAUAAUGAAAUUUCAUUUGUUCCAUUAUUGGAUAAACAAUUCUACAGAAAUGGGAUCAAUGAAUUUAUGGAAACUGUAAAAUUUUAUGAAAAGAAAUAUAAGCAAUUUCUAAAUAAAAGUGAUGAAAUUUAUAAAAUGAAAUUAGAAUCUGAAUUUUUAUUAGAAAAUAUUAAUGAUGAAACCGAAUUGCAUGAUCAUUUAAAAAGGAAUGAAUAUGAACGUUAUGAUUCAGCAUCAAAAUUGGUGAAAAAGAUAGAAGACGAGUUAAAGGAGAAACAAAAUGUCGUAAAUAACGCAUGUGAACAUUUUAAACAAGAAAUUGAAAAAUGGAAGGAUCAAAAGAUCUAUGAGGCACAAAUGAAC